AGAAGGAAGAGCGCAGAGAGAAGUGACAGCAACUGCCACCGCGUCGUCCGAAGAUCAAAUUCAACCGUCCCAUUUUCUUCGAUCUCUGUGUUUUUUACUGCACACUGCUAUGCCGUGACAAAUUCAAAAUUUUAGAUUUCAUAUGAUUGAUGAUCAAGAUCUGGGUUUCUUUGCCAAUUUUCUUGGCGUCUUCAUCUUUGUGCUGGUGAUAGCAUACCAUUUUGUUAUGGCUGACCCAAAGUUUGAAGGGAACUAGGAAAGCGUUUUAAGUUAAUGAUGUAAUUUUCGUUUUGUAGACUGAGAUUCUUUGCAAAUGGAUAUUUGAUGCAAUCAAGAACUCUAGUUUGGGAAUGCGAAUGUUAGCUUACGACUAAAGGUUUCUUGCUCUA